AUGUCCGAUAUCGAAGAAGAUUUGCUGGCCUUAGCCGGAGGCGCUAGCAGCGGAGAAGAAGAGGAGGAGGAGAAGGUCACUGUGGGGACUGCCAAGAAGAGGUCCAAGUACGACAGCAGUAACGGAGGCAAGAGAAGGAUUGUUGAUGAGGAUGAGGAGCAAGACCAAGACGACGAAGACCAAGAUGGCUAUAACCCGAAGGACGAGGCCUUUGGUUCAGAAGAAGAAGAGGAUGACGAGCCCGAUCCAUUUCCUAUCGAAGGGAAGUAUAAAGACGAGCGCGAUAGAGCGCAUCUAGAGUCUCUGCCUGAAAUGGAACGUGAAUCUUUGCUCUUCGACAGGUCACAAGUCAUGCAGAAGUACCAAGAGCGCCGUGUAUUGAGGGAACGUGCAAAGCACAUCAGAGAACAACAACAAGCCCGACAAAUGCAGCAAGAGGGGUCCAAGACACGGACUUCCGCAAGAUCGACACGUACCACGGGUCACAGUGAUGCCAAGGAAUCUGGUCUCUCUAAGCUCAAGAAACAGCGCGCGAAAAAGAGCGCAACUUACGAUUACAGUGAUGAAGAUGGAGCGGAUGAAGAAGAGGAAGAAGAGGACGAUUACGGAUAUCAAGAUGACGAGGAAGAGGGCGAAAGCGAAGACGACUACCAGCCCGGAUUUGGACGCAGCAAGUCGAAUUUGGAGGACGAAGAUGUGAAAUGGGCAGAAGAUGAGGAUCUUGAUCGUGAACCAGAAUUAGGAGACUUCAACAAGAUCAAAAUCGGUCGCUCUUUCGUUGCGAAGUUCUGUUUCUACCCUGAAUUCAACGACGUUGUCAAGGGCUGCUACGGAAGAGUAAAUGUCGGAGCUGACAAAAGGAGCGGUCAGACGCUUUAUCGAAUGGUCAAAAUAGAAAAAGUGUUCUUGCAAAAACCAUAUAACAUGGGCAAGUUCUUCACGAACCAGUAUCUUGGUGUAACACAGGGCAGAGACCGGAAAGUUUUCCAGAUGAAUUUUUUCAGCGAUGGCGCCAUUACCCAACCGGAGUUUGAAAGAUAUUCGAGCUCCUUGGACAAGCAAGAGAUAAGUAAACCUUCCCUCUACAUGCUCAACAACAAGUCAAAUGAGAUUAACAACUUCGUUUCACAACCUAUAACCUCCAAACUGACGGAUGAGCUUGUGCGUAAUAGAAUGGUUUUCAAUAAGAAGCUCUCAGGCACAAACGCUGUUCUGGAAAAAACGAUGCUCAAGGACAAGCUACAGUAUGCGAAAGAGACUGGUAUCGAGAAGGACAUUGCCAAGUAUUCUGCGCAAUUGAGGAAUUUGGAGAAACGACUGUCAUCAUACGAAAAACACCACGAAGACGAUCAAGCCGGUUCCAAAAAACUCGGCGCUCUUACAUCAAAAAACAGAAGAGCCAACAUGGACAGCGGUAAAAUCGUCGAGGCUGUCAAGAAGGAAGACACACCUUUCGACGCCAAGACCGAUCCUUUCAGCAGACUUAAAACGAGAACCAAGAUUUACUACCAGGAGCUACAGAGAGAAGAAAAUGAAAAGGCUAAGGAGGUUGCACGCCAGGAUCAACUUCAAAAGAGUGCAGAUGCACUAAAGGAGCGCGAAUUACCAAUACCAAAGUUCAAAAGCCUAGGAGGAUUGGAAGAGAUCGUUAGUGGGAUUGACUUCAAGCUCAAUCUAGACAUAUAA